AAAAAAAAAAAAAAAAAAAAAGGAGGAGAAAAAAAAGAAGAAAAAGAAAAGAUAGAGAAAGAGACAGACAGAGGGAGCCAAGCCGGCAUCUCUUCUGUUUCAAUCUCCUUCACUGUUCCAGAAAUCCCUUUGUUUCUUCAGAUGAAAACUUUGUCUGUAUCUUAUGUUCCAUAUCAUUCUUCUUUCAGAUUUUAACAAAAACAAUUUAUAAAAUACCCCAAGAAUUUUUUUUUUUGUCAUUCUGUUACCCUUGUUGUCUCUCCCAACUGCUUUGAUUGCUUCAUUGAGGUUUUGGUUGUGGAGAACGUAAUACAUUGAACCAGGCUCUGCGUUCCUUAAACAAAACCGCCUUGUAACGCGAAUUAAAGCCGUAAAUAUGAGGGACCCCAAUAAGCAUAUUGCACACCGUGUUUCUUACAGUUGAAGAUUUUAUAUUUUUUUGCCAUUUUUCUUUGUAUUUUAGCUUCUGCAUUGUUUGUAAACUUCUGUUUAAUAGGUUUCUUCUCCCAAAAAGGAAAAAAAAGAAAAGAGCUGUUCUUAAUAGGUACAUGUAUAUGUUUGUAAUUCAUCGGACUUGUCAUUGUUCCCUCAUCGACUGAAGGUCGAAGUAAUACUGUAAUAGAGGGAGGGGGCAAUUUUUGUAUCAAAAAACCUGGCGACUUCGAUCACCCACCUUGCGAUUUCUGGCGGUAAUUCCUACUACCACCAUUAUCAUAACAAUUGGUCUAUCAAGCAAUGGGGGUCGGGUGGAGCCCUCUGAGAUUCCAUCUCAAUGAGGUGUCAUAUUUCAUGGUCUUGAUUUUGCUUCUGAAAAUUCAUGGGUGUCAGUCGCUUAAUAUUGAAGGAUUGGCUUUGUUAGAAUUUCGGGCAAAAGUGGUUAGUGACCAUUUUGGGGCCUUUGCAAACUGGAACCCCAAUGACAAAGAUCCAUGUAUGUGGUCGGGCGUUCACUGUGUGGAUGGUAAAGUGCAAAUGCUGGAUCUAAAAGAGCUUUCUUUGGGAGGAACUCUGGCGCCUGAACUUGGAACUCUUAGUCACUUAAGAUCUCUCAUCCUUUACAAGAACCACUUCUCAGGUGUAAUUCCUAAAGAGAUUGGAGGGCUUACAAUGCUGGAGCUAUUGGACUUGAGAGACAAUAACUUAAGUGGAAAAAUACCAGAGGAAAUAGGCGGAUUGCUUUCACUGAAGCGCUUGCUGCUUUGCAAUAAUAACUUUCAGGGAAGCAUUCCUUCUGCAUUGGAGAAGCUCAAGUUUCUCUUUGAACUACAAUCCGAUCCGAACCUCACAGCUGGUGUGCUUGUUGGAAUUCGCUGCUUGAAUAGAAAAUUUGGACAUCGGAUCUGGCAGAUUAAUUUGAAACAACUAGAGGAGGCAGAUUCUUUCAUGAUCAAACUUAAAAUGAGGAUCCUACUUUUUCUUCGUGCAAUCCCGUGUUUCAAGUUUGGAAAGGGCUCUUCAUAUGAUCAUGGAGAGAAAUGUUGUAAGCCUUCACCAUGUUUAUCAGAACCACUCAUAGUACAAAAUGCACAAGACUUUAACUUUGUACGCCGUAGACUGCUUGAAGAAUCCAACAACCUCCCAGCUGCCCCUGCGAGCGGUGUUGUUCCCCCUGAACAGAUGGUUACAAUUCCAACAACUCGAAGUAGUGGAGCUUUCCCUGCAGUACCUAAUGAAAAGAAGAAACAAUCUCCUACAUCCGUGCCUCCUACCUCUACUAAACUUCCUCAAUCUCCUCAUCCUGACACGCAGUUGAGAAACUCGACUGACCAGCCUGCAGUAGCCGGUGGUUCCUCUGGAGCCAAAUGGAAAUAUGCUCUUGUGGUUCUAGGUGGAAUAUUCUUGGUUGUUGUUUCUACUGCCGUGCUGUGUGCAUGUCGAAGUCGAGGAGUGACAACGAUAGGUCCUUGGAAGAGUGGACUUAGUGGUCAGUUACAGAAGGCAUUUAUUACAGGGGUACCGAAGUUGAACCGCUCUGAGCUAGAAACUGCCUGUGAGGAUUUCAGCAACAUCAUUGACACUUUUGCAGACUGCACUUUGUUCAAGGGAACACUUUCCAGCGGAGUUGAGAUUGCAGUGGCAUCGACUGCAAUUACUUCAUCCAAAGACUGGACAAAAUCAUAUGAAGUUGCAUAUAGGAAGAAGAUUGAUACACUGUCACGUGUGAACCACAAGAACUUUGUCAAUCUUCUUGGCUACUGUGAGGAAGAUGAACCUUUCCUUAAGAUGUUGGUGUUUGAGUAUGCUCCCAAUGGAAACCUAUUUGAGCAUCUUCAUGUUAAAGAAGCUGAACAUCUUGACUGGAAUGCCAGGAUGAGGAUUAUUAUGGGAAUUGCUUAUUGCCUUCAGUAUAUGCACCAUGAGCUGAACCCACCAGUACCACAUACCAAUUUGCAAUCUUCUGCUGUCUUUUUGACAGAUGAUUAUGCUGCUAAGAUUGGGGAGCAUACUACCUGGUCAGAUUUAUUUAAAUCAAAGAAUUAUGGUCAAGAUGAAUCGAGACAUUCUGAACUUCCACCCCUUGCUGAUCUUGAAGCAAACGUGUACAGUUUUGGAUUAUUGUUGCUGGAGAUCAUUUCUGGGAAGCUUGCUUAUUCUGAAGACGGUCCCCUUGUGAACUGGGCUGCCGAAUACUUGAAUGACAAGCGGAGCAUCAGCUACAUGAUUGAUCCCACACUCAAAUGCUUCAAGACAAAUGAGCUCGAUGUUAUUUGCGAGGUAAUCCAGGAAUGUAUCCAUCAGAAUCCAAGGCAGAGACCAACAAUGAGGGAGAUCACAUCCAAACUGAAGGAAGUGAUUGCCAUCUCACCUGAUGCAGCAACCCCGAGACUAUCUCCACUCUGGUGGGCGGAGCUUGAGAUUCUCUCUGUGGAAGCUACUUAAGGUUUAGCUGGCUUCCUCCUUUACCUUGUAAGUCAAGCCCCUCUCUCUCUCUCUCUCUCUGUAGCUCUCAUGUGCCAAAAAGAAAUAGUUGUAUAAUCCAUGUUUUUUUUCCUUGUACACCUAUACCCUAUUUUCUGUAUUCAAGUUUGUUCCCUCCUUUUUUCUCACUGUCUCUCUUCCCUGUUGUGAUGAUUCAUUUAUAAUUUAUUCUUUCCUAUUUUUCCCCUACUACCAUAAUAAGAGUGUGAUCCAAGGUUUCACACACUGGUGCCGUAGCCCCAAUUUAUACCUAACAUGUACUUGACUCUGAGAUGAGAGACUGGGAUUGUAAACAGCCACAAUAGUAUUGAGACCAAGUCCAUCUGCAGUGAUUAUUUUAACUUGUAAACAUUCUUAUAUAUAGACUCUUGGGAGCUGUAGAUUAUUUGACCCCUUGAAA